GGGUUUUUCUGAGGUCCUGUAUGUUUUCCUGCUUCCCUGACGUCUGUCCAGCCUGUGUUGCAGUGCCUCAGUAACAGAAGAUCUUGAGUUGUGGGCUGUAGCUGCCCAUACUAACGCCUGUCGUCCAUCUUGUUGAUAAAGAAUAUAAUCUGGUUCAGCUAUGCCGGCAGGUGUGUGCGGUUGCUGUGGAGCAUUGCGCCCACGCUACAAACGUUUAGUGGAUCACAUCUUUCCUGAAGACCCGAAAGAUGGCUUGGUUAAAGCAGAUAUGGAGAAGCUAACUUUCUAUGCUGUUUCUGCUCCGGAAAAACUUGAUAGAAUUGGUGCCUAUCUUGCAGAAAGGUUGAGCAGAGAUGUUGUAAGGCACCGUUAUGGAAAUGUGUUUAUAGCCAUGGAGGCAUUGGACCAGCUGCUAAUGGCAUGUCAUUCACAAAGCAUCAAACCUUUUGUUGAAAGCUUCCUUCACAUGGUGGCAAAGCUUUUGGAAUCUGGAGAACCUAAAUUACAGGUUUAUGGAACAAAUUCUUUUGUCAAGUUUGCAAAUAUUGAAGAGGACACACCUUCAUAUCACAGGCGCUAUGACUUUUUUGUUUCACGGUUUAGUGCUAUGUGUCACUCCUGUCAUUGCGAUCCAGAGAUAAGAACAGAGAUUCGGAUUGCAGGAAUCCGUGGCAUUCAAGGAGUUGUUCGGAAAACUGUGAACGAUGAGCUUCGUGCAACUAUAUGGGAGCCACAACAUAUGGAUAAAAUUGUACCUUCCUUGUUGUUUAAUAUGCAGAAAAUAGAAGAUUGUGAAAGUCGACCUCCUGCGUCCCCUAUGGCGGAUGAUAAAGAAGAAAAUCCAAGUGUGUUGGCAGAAAACUGUUUUAGGGAGCUUCUUGGCAGAGCCACUUACGGAAACAUGAAUAAUGCUGUCAGGCCAGUGUUUGCGCAUUUGGAUCAUCACAAACUUUGGGAAUCAAAUGAAUUUGCCGUUUCCUGCUUUAAAAUUAUAAUGUAUUCUAUUCAGGCUCAGUAUUCUCAUCAUGUGAUCCAGCAGAUCCUUGGUCACCUAGAUUCACAUAAAAAAGACUCUCCUCGCAUACGAGCUGGAAUAGUUCAAGUUCUUUUGGAAGCAGUAGCUAUUGCUGCUAAAGGAUCUAUUGGUCCUACUGUUCUGGAGGUGUUUAACACUCUUUUGAAGCACUUGACGCUUAGUGUCGAGUUUGAGCUUGGCGAUAGGAGAAGUUCAGUGGACAGUGCUGUCUUUACAGCCAAUGGUAAAGAAAGUGAUGAAAGAAUUGUCCAAAAUGCCAUCAUUCAGACUAUUGGUUUUUUUGGAAGCAAUUUACCAGAUUACCAGAGGUCUGAGAUCAUGAUGUUUAUUAUGGGGAAAGUACCAGUGUUUGGUGUAUCAUCACAUACUAUUGAUACCAGUCACCUUGGGGACUUUGGAACAAAGAGGAUCCAGAUAAUGCUGCUAAGAUCUUUACUCAUGGUGACAUCAGGGUAUAAGUCAAAGACCAUUGCAGCGGCUCUUCCAAUACCUAUUAUUGAUCCCCUAUUGUCUCCUUCUUUAAUGGAAGACUGUGAACUAAGACAACUAGUGCUUGAGAUAUUGCACAAUCUUAUUGAUCGUCAUGACAACAGAGCUAAAUUACGAGGCAUCAGAAUAAUCCCGGAUGUUGCUGAUCUCAAAAUAAAAAGGGAAAAAAUCUCCAGGCAAGAUGUGAACUUCAUAAAAAAGCACGGACAGCAGUUGUACAGACAUAUCUACCUUGGCUGUAAGGAAGAAGAUAAUGUGCAAAAGAACUAUGAAUUACUUUAUACAACCUUGGCUCUUGUCACAAUAGAAUUGGCUAAUGAAGACGUCAUCAUUGAUCUAAUCAGAGUGGCUAUUGCUUUGCAAGAUAUGGCUAUUACCAAUGAAGACAACCUUCCAAUGUUUAACCGCUGUAGCAUAAUGGCCCUUGUAGCAGCUUAUCUCAACUUCCUCAGUCAGAUGAUUGCUGUUCCUGCAUUUUGCCAGCAUGUCAGCAAGGUUAUAGAAACCAGAACCGUUGAUGCACCCUUUUUCUUGCCUGCAGUCAUAUUCAGAGAUAAAUGCAGUCUUCCCAAGUCUCUGGAGAAGCAAGAAAAAAAUGUAUUUUUCCUAACCAACAAAAUUGUGGAGUUCCUUGGAGGCAGCGGAUAUAUUGUGGAAAGGUUGUCAAUACCAUAUGUUCCCCAAGUGACAGAUGAAGAUCGACUUUCCAGAAGAAAGAGUAUUGUGGACACUAUUUCUAUUCAAGUUGACAUAUUAAAUGGAAGCAAUAGCGAGGAUAAGGUGAAUACUGAAGAAAUUACUUUUGAAUCUUUGAAAAAGGCGAUUGACAAUACUGGAAUGGAAGAACAAGAGAAAGAAAGACGACGUCUUGUGAUUGAAAGGUUUCAGAAAGCACCUUUUGAAGAAAUUGCUGCUCAGUGUGAAUCUAAAGCUAAUAUGCUUCACGAUAAAUUAGCCCAAAUACUGGAGCUUACAAUCAGGCAACCUCCAAGCCCAUCAGGAACUAUUACAAUCACUGCAGGACAUGCACAGUACCAGUCUGUUCCAGUGUAUGAAAUGAAAUUCCCAGACCUUUGUGUAUAUUAAAUACAAUUUGGUGAUAUUUUCAGUGGCAGAUUUUGCUUUAAUUGUUGGCUUCAUUUCACAGUAUUUAAUAUUUAAAGUCGUGUUACUGUUACACAGCCAAAGGCACACAAGUAAAAAUGACUUUUCAUUAAAUGCAGCUUUCCAUCAAAUAUUCUCUUAAUACCAAAAAAUUAACCACUGGGGGGAAAAAAUUGAAAAUCCCAAGAGCUGUUACUUUUAUCAUCUGUUUUGCAGUAGUGAUAAGAAAUGGCUAAGAAAUAAAUAUGGUAUUUUCUAAUGCAUUGCACGUGCAUUUGUACCAAUUACAUAACUUAAUUAAAAAACUGCAAUCUUGUAUUAAGAGCUAUGUUGCCAUAGCAGGUGAAUAUGUUCACGUACAGUUUAGUAACAUAUGUAAGUAUGUACUGCUAGAUUACCAUAGGGUAAAUGUGUAGUGGUAAAAAAAAUAAUUCUGUUUUUGCACUUUAAAAUGUUUGCAAAGUCUUAAGUUCCACCAUUACAAUCAAGUUAUAUUGAAUAUAUUAUUUUGCAAUGCUUAAUAAUCCUCACUUCAGCACAUAUUGUAUUUCGUUAUGGAAAGGGAUUAGAAGUGUACUUGUUUACUCAAAGAGCAAUUUUAUAGAACUUUUCAUUAUGUAGUAUAUUGGAUUUUUACAAUGUUCCCAAGAAGGCUUAGCAAGUCAUUCUUUGUUUUAGAUAUCUUUCAGUCUUUUAUAAUGUUUUAUACAACAUCUACACUCAUGCUAGGUUUACCUCGUCUUUACCAAAAAAAUAUUAGUUGCUGAAUUACUGUUAUACUUGCAGCUUUCUAUUAAUAUUAAAAAUCCCCAGUACAUCAUUUUACUCCUGAUUUUUUUUUUUUUUUUUUUUUUUUUUUUUAAAUACAUUAAAAACAAAAUAUUUGUAAUUAAGGAUAUAACUAGGUUUGAUUUUAUUGUUGGCCCCUCUUUUAAAUUUGUAUUGGUGUUUUCUAGAUUUUUUGUUAAUUAUUUUUCAAAUAAAUAAAGCGGUUACUUCAUUGAGUACAGCUUUUUCAUGGAUAGGAGUUGACUCCAUUAUUAAUUACUCCUGCAAGUCAAUGUAAGCUUUGCUUCAGGAGCCUACAGAUUUUGAGCAUAUUUGCUAGGGCAGUUAACAUAGAUUACAUGCAGUAACAAGAAAACCGAACCACUGUGUUUUUGAUUUCUGUAUAUAGCACAUAUCAUUUUUAUAACCGAUCUAAACUGCAGCAUCAUUGAGCGAAGCAAAAUCCACUUUUAAAAACAGCUGUGGAAAAAUAUCACUAUUUUUUUGUUUGCAAACUGUAUAGUAUUUUGAUAUCACCUCUGCUGCAGCAUAUAACAAUGGACUCUGGUGCAAUUAUUGUCAAUUAUUUUUUGUAGUCCUUGUGUGUGCAAUUUAUUUUUAAUAUAUUUGUAUGCGUUCUGUUGUUUAUGAUGUGAUCUGUUGAGCUAAAUGUGGUGGUGUUGUUAUCUAGAUAGUUUAGAGAUAUAUUUUAGCAAUGGUAUAAAAAAACAUAUAUUUGGAAAAAAAAUGUGUUUCUUUUCAUGAACGUGCAAUCAUCCACAAACACUACCUUUCUGAUCUUGCUGCAAUAGUUCCAUUGCAUAUAGAGUGUACACUCCAUGUUUAGUAGACUUCAGUGGUUAUAUACGUAUGUAUUUUCCAUGUAAAUUCUACCAAUCUGUCUAAUAUAUAAAAUAUAUCUUGCUUAUGAUGAAAGCUUAACAAUAUAUUUUGUGUAUAAAUCUAGUUCUACAGUCAGAUAUAUGAAUAUAGUACUACAGUCAAAUAUAUACAGUAUGUCAUAAAGAUGCGGUAGCAAACCAAAAGUUUUAAUUUUUCUUUUUACUGAAACAGAGAUAUUUAUACAAUUGCAUUGCAUAGCAUUGCAAAUUGUAUGUAUUUGUUUAAGGUAGGUGAACCACUAGAGUUUAGAAGUCCUAGCUAUAAAAUAUCUACAAGUAAAAUGCCUAAAUUAGAAAUACUUAAGUUGCAGAUUUAAAUAUCUAGUUAAAGGGAUACUAAACCCAAUUUUUUUUUUCUUUCAUGAUUCAGAUAGAGCAUGCAAUGUUAAUCAACUUUAACCAAAUAUGGGCUGGCUCCUAAGCUUUACAUUCCUGCUUUUUAAAAUAAAGAUAGCAAGAUAAAGAACAAAUUAUAAUAGGAGUUCAUUAGAAAGUUGAUUAAAGUUGCAUGCUCUAUCUGAAUCAUGAAAGAAAAAUAUUGGGUUUAAUAUAAAAGUUAACUGAACACCUAGCCUGCAAUGGUUUUUUUUAACUUAGGCUAUUAUAUAUUGAGUACUUUCUGUCUAGAUGAUAGCUUUUAGAUGCAAUUUUAUUUUUGUUUUAAUAGAGGACCUUCUUGUUUGAAUUUUAUUCCCAAAAUAUUUGUUUUAUGAAAUCUACAAAUCCGUUUUAAUUUAUAAAAACAUAUUUUUUUUGUUUAGUUUUUUUUGUUUCUUUCCAAUUUGUAAUGUGUUUGACCUUAUUUCAUGUAUGAUUUCAUUGUUUACUCUUGUGAAGCAAUAAAAGAAAAAUAUAAUUCAGA